CUAAAAAUGGUCGUGUGUGUAUGACUGUAUGUCUGUAUCUCUAUUCUAUGUGACCUGCUGCUAUUGCUAAUCUCCAAUUUCAAAACCCCACUUUCUCUCUCUUACCCAGUCACACUCUCUAGGAAGAAAACUGCUUUCUUCAGUUUUUUUUUUUUUUUUUUCAUUUUUGAAUCAAAUAUCAAAUCAUCCAAGAACAAAAAUACAAUUUGUCAAAACAAAAAGAUAACAUCUUUGAAAAAAACUGUAAAAUCCCAUCAGUUAUAAGAUCGUGGAUCGAGUUGGUUCAUGGCACUUUAAUUCUCAGUUGAUAAUGGAUGCUGACACGGAUAUACUUAGCAGACACCACGGCUUGGGAGAAAAUGACAUUGCAUCUGAGGUGAAUGAAACCCUUGACAGCACUAUGACAAGUGUAGGUCCUGAUGUUAGUCAAGAAAGUGUUGGUGAGUUUAAUAGCGAUAUAAUGGUUAAUCCUCUUACUGACGAAGUGGAACAGCUUAGUGAUGUGCAUGUGGAAAACAAUGGUUCCCUAACUCCUGAGGAAGUGAAAACAACAGAAGCUACAGCUGCGAAGGAGCCAAAGCCACAAAAAAAUCAAGGCAGGGGAAAAAAUGAGAAGCCUUCCAACGCGAAAAACGCUGUGGUGACGUCAAAUAAGAACAACAGUAAUAAAGCAGUGAAGACAACUUCUAAUGGUACUUUGCCUACAAAUACACGGCCAAAGCAGCUUGUUGCAAAGGUUAAAUCUUUUAAUGAUCGUCAUGCUACUAGUAGUAAUUCGAGCAAGAGCACGAUACCUGUAUCUAUGGCGAGUAAUGCUCAAAAAGCUAAGCAGCCGCUGAAGUCUGGCUCUGAUAACGUUGUGCAGUGUGAAAAUGCCAUGGAAAAGCCCAAGUUAAAACCCCUGAGACAAGAACCUCCAUCUACUGCUGAAGGAGAUGAAGAAUCUGUUGAAAGCCCCUCUGCCGCAGAUGGAAAGCCCAAUAGAGAGGGUAAGCUCCCAUCGUAUGGUUUCAGCUUUAGGUGUCAUGAACGAGCUGAGAAGAGAAGAGAGUUUUAUACCAAACUCGAGGAAAAAAUACAUGCACAAGAAUUAGAGAAAAAUAACCUGCAAGCCAAGUCCAAGGAAUCUCAAGAGGCUGAGAUUAAGAGGCUUCGGAAAAAGUUAACUUUUAAAGCAUCACCAAUGCCUAGUUUCUACCAGGAACCUACACCUAAAGUUGAACUUAAGAAGAUACCAACUACACGUCCCAGAUCCCCCAAGCUCGGUAGGAAGAAGAACUCAUCUUCAGUGGAAGCUGAAGAUGGUGACCAAAGCUAUCGGCUAGGAAGACUAAGUCUGGAUGAGAAGGCGGUAUUACAAACCAACCCUAGCAAAGAACCUUCACCUGUCCAGUCUAAGCGACCUCAGAGGAAGUCCCUUCCUAGAUUGCCUUCUGAGAAGACACGCUUGUCGAAAAAUGCUAAAGUGCAGGAUCACACAAUUAAUGGCUCUCAACCUAUAGCGCGUGUUGAGGAGGAAACUCCUCUCUCUAGCUCAGAAUCUGCACCUAUAGCCCGUGUUGAAGAGGAAGUAUCUCUCUCUAACCCAGGUUUUGCACCUAUCGCUCAUGCUGAAGAGGAAGUUUCAACAUCUGACACAGGUGAAACUCAAAUUGGAGUUGAGAACGGGCCUAUUGUCGAGGUAGUGAAGCUCCCAGUUGAGCAUGAAGUUGUAAUACAGCAUUGAAAAGAAAGCUCGGUUGCACUUGGACUCAGUCGCCUCCACGAAGUGUUGGCUUAGCAGAAGAUGAAUAUGAACGAAGUCAUGAAGCAGUUUGUCCAUAGUUUGGUGAGGUUUGGUUGUUCUUGCUUUUAGACUUGCCAGUCUGGUCGCUUAAUCGUCUGCAUUUGCACUUUCUCUGGAUUGUCGGAUCACUGCAUUUCGAGUUGUUUAUUCUUAAGAAUUUAUUACUCUACAAAGUACUCUUUUUAGUGGUCUGCCAUUGAACUGUGGUUGUGGGUAAAUUUUGAGAUUCUCUCAGUACACCAGUUGUAGUUUAUAAUACAUAAAAUUAGCUUAUGGGCCUACGGGGAGGACUGAUAUUGAUCAAGUUGGUGUAGUUUGCAUUUGGAACAAUGUUUUGUUAUUUAAUAUGUUUAUUCUUGCAACA